AUGCCAAACCUAGCACUUUCUUUGGAACUCCCAUGGGUGGAAAAGUACCGUCCACACAAGUUGGAUGACAUAGUUGGAAACGAGGAGACCGUAGAACGUCUUAAGCUCAUAGCUCAGGAUGGAAAUAUGCCCCAUAUGAUCAUUUCUGGCCUUCCUGGAAUUGGCAAAACCACAUCUAUACACUGUCUAGCGUACGAAUUACUCGGUAAGACGAUGUACGACCAAGCCACGUUGGAAUUGAAUGCCUCUGAUGACCGAGGAAUCGAUGUUGUUCGAAACAAAAUCAAACAAUUUGCGCAAACCAAAAUUCUGCUUCCUCCCGGCCGCCACAAAAUCAUCAUUCUUGAUGAAGCAGAUUCCAUGACUCCAGGAGCCCAGCAGGCAUUGAGGCGUACCAUGGAAAUAUACUCCAACACCACAAGAUUUGCCUUUGCUUGCAAUCAAUCGUCCAAAAUCAUCGAACCUUUGCAAUCCAGAUGUGCCAUUUUAAGAUAUAACAAGUUGGCCGAUGACCAGGUGUUAUCGCGGUUGUUGGAAAUAGCGAAGGCUGAGGACGUCAAGUACAACUCCCAGGGAUUACAGGCAUUAAUCUUCACUGCUGAGGGUGAUAUGAGACAAGCAAUCAAUAACAUGCAAAGUACAGUGGCCGGUUUUGGGUUCGUGGACGAUGUAAAUGUGUUCAAAAUCGUUGACCAACCUCAUCCGUUGGUUAUCAAGAAGAUACUCAAUAGCUGCUGCUCAAAUGACGGAAAAGGAGACAUCGAUACUGCUUUACGUUUGUUGGAUGAUUUGUGGAACAAGGGAUAUUCAGCCAUCGAUAUUGUCACCCUGACGUUCCGUGUAGCCAAGACUCUCCCCGGGAUCAGCGAGCUGAAAAGACUAGACAUAAUCAAAGAAGUGGGCUUAGUGCAUAUGAGAGUGCUUGAGGGAGUAUCGACGUACUUGCAGUUGUGUGGACUUUUUGCAAAGAUUUGUACAAUAUAA